UUUAAUUAUAACGAUGAUGCUUGAAUCAGUUUACGUAUAUUCAAUUAUAUACUUCAUCAAACAUAAAUAUUAUGUAAUUUUAUUUACAAAGAUUUAGACAUACGAGAGAAAAUCACUAUCAUUUUAUUAUUUUGAAUAUUUGAACUCAAUCUCUAUGAAUUUUCUAAUCUAUAUUGAAAUAUGAACCCUAAUCUCCCAUCAAUUAAAUCAAUGAGAAGAAAUCACUAAUAUUCAUGUGCUGAAAUUUGAACCUUAAUCUCAAUUAUUUUUAUAUAGCCUCCAAUUCCUACCCCACCACCACUACCAAUAGAAGUUGCCAAUCUGGACGAUUUCAUGAAUUUUAACUUUAUAUUAUACACACACUUUCUCCAUCCUAAAGCCAUCUCUCCAUCAUUCAUAUUCAUACUAUAAAGCUACUUUUUUUUCCUUUUUCAUUCCAAAAUUUCCCCCAAACCAUAUGUUAAUUAUAUUAAUUCAAUAAUUCUCUCUAAAUUCUCUAAUAUUUCAUCACUUUCAAGUAAUCUAGAUUCUUAGUACUUCUCAACCAUGGGUGGUGACAAAACUGAAAAGGAGCCUGAAAAGUCUAAAGUGACUCCACCUGAAAAGCCUAAAGAAUCCGAGAAGCCGCCUGAAAAGUCUGAAGUUGUCCAAAAAUUGAAGGCACCUAAAAAGCCUAAAUUGGUCCAAAAAUUGAAGGAGCCUGAAAAGUCCAAAGUGAUCCCGCCUGAAAAGCCGAAAGAACUCGAGAAGCCGCCUGAAAAUCCUGAAAUGGUCCAAAAAUUGAAGACGCCUAAAAAACCUGAAGUGGUCGAAAAAUUGAAGGAGCCUGAAAAGCCCAAAGUGAUUGAAAAAUUGAAGGAGCCUGAAAAGCCCAAAAUGAUUCCGCCUGAAAAGCCUAAAGAACCCGAGAAGUCGCCUGAAGAGCCUGAAGUGGUCCAACAAUUGAAGGUGCCUGAAAAGCCUGAAGUGGUCCAAAAAUUGAAGGAGCCUGAAAAGCCCAAAGUGAUUGAAAAAUCGAA